AUGUUUGGAGCCACGCGCCGAUGGUUUCGCCGCAACCGCACGCCCAUCGCCAUCGGCCUGGGCGUCGUCGGCGCCGGCUACGUCGUCACCCACUAUGUCCUGAACAAGCUCAACGACGCGCGCGAACGCAUGAGCAGCGAUCGCAUCGCCAAGGAGAACUUGCGCCGUCGCUUCGAGCAGAACCAGGAAGACUGCACCUUCACCGUCCUCGCCCUGCUGCCAACUGCCACGACAAACAUCCUCGAGGCCAUGAAUACGGAGAAGAUCACCUACGAAAUCCAGCAGCUCAAGGGCUCCGUGGCCAAGACACGCAACGUCGGCUCCGUGAGCCCCCCCAGCUUGUCCGAGACCAACGCGACCGACGAUGACGGCCGGAGCAUUAUCAGCGUCAGCGUCCAGAGCGAAGCCGGCAUCCACGCGAGCCAAAUCUCGGUGCCGUCCCCGCUGGCCACCGUCGAUGGCGGCCCCCAAGAAGGCGCCCCCGCACAGCCACAGAAAGCCCGCAAGACCAAGAGACAGCUCUGGGACGACCUGACUAUUAGCUCUAUCACAAGAGCGUACACGUUACUCUACACGUUAGGGCUGCUAGCUAUGCUGACGAGGAUACAACUCAACCUCCUGGGCCGGAGAAGCUACCUGUCGAGCGUCGUGUCGCUGGCCACCGGGGGCGCCCAGGCGACCAUCAGCCUCGAGAACAACGACGACGACAGCCCGGAACAGGCCUAUGGCAGCGACUUUGAUGUUAACCGUAAGUACCUGACGUUUAGCUGGUGGCUGUUGAACCGCGGGUGGGUUGAUGUCAUGCAGCGCGUCGAGCAGGCUGUGCGGCAGGUGUUUGGCCAGCUCAGCCCGCGUGACUCGAUCACGCUCAGCACCUUCUCAGAACUCACCAGCGACGUGCGGAGGCUCGUAGAAGGCAGCGUGCCGGGAAGUGCGGCCUCGGGCACCAGGUGGCUGCCCAUCCUGCUUCCCCCGCCCAACAUGGAGGACUUUGUGCUGCGCGAGUCGGGCAUCCUGGACGAGGCCGCGUCUUCGACGUCGUCAGUCUCGCCGCCCGCCUCGCCCUCGUCGGCUGCCUCCCUCCGCCGGCUUCUGGACGAGACGUCGGACCUCGUCGAGUCGCCGACCUUCUCGCAGGUGCUCACGCAAAUCCUAGACCAGGGCUUCUCGAUGCUACUAGACAAGAAGCUAACCGCCGGCGCCUUCGACGCUGCGCCACCGACGACGGGGCCGGCCGCUAGCAUCGACCUCCGCGAGUCGCACAUUAGCCGCGCCGUGCUCUUGCCCAAGAUCCUCAGCGUGCUGGCCCGCCAGGCCCACGUCAUCGGCGACGGCAUGCCCAACGAGUACCUGCAGGCCAUGGAGGCGGUGCGCGACCUCGAGGGCUUCGCCGCCGUCGUGUACUCGAGCAACUGGCAGGCUGAGAUUGCGCGGGACGAGGAAGUCGAGGCCCGCAGCGGCGGCGCAAGCAGACAGAAGCCGGCCUACGGCACGCAGCAAGACUCGGAGGCGCUGCUGCGGCAGAGCCAGACGUCUGUAGGAGCUGAGUCCAGUCUGGUCAUGGUUGACCCGCAAGUUAGUUUCGACAGCGCAUGGGAACGGGCGUUUGAGCAAAAGGGAAGCACAGAAUAG